UGUUAUAACUUAAUAACAGGCAGGCUAAUGUUUGUUUUCAAGUAAAACGCUGCUCGCGAGAGUGCGCGAAGGUAGAAAGAGAUGCGUGAGCUUGACAUUUGCUUUUUUUCAUAAUAAAAAAGAAUGAAAUAUAACGCUGGAUAGUGUCAGUUUGCAGUCAGGUGUUAUAGGAAAGUAAGUAACCUCAAUUUUAGACGCCUACAACAUCGAUUGUCAAAAAAACCUACAACACCGAUUGUCAAAAAAGAGUUGAGGAACAACAGAGUUGGAAAAGGAGAUGUGUUCCUCGGAUCUAAGAAAUUGGCCAAUUUUUAGGCUAUUGCAGCCUGAAUUUGUCUCGGAGAUUCAUAUGGCUGUGGUAUAUGGUACAAUGGGUAACGAAGCUUUAAUUGUGACGAAAGACAAGACUGUAUACGCUCUGGGUAGUAAUACUUCCGGCUGUUUGGGUACUGGUGACAUGCAUAGUACACUAUAUCCUAAGAAAAUUGAAGCCCUGUGCGAUAAAGGCAUAAAGACUUUUGCUUAUGGCAGUGGACCUCAUGUUUUAGCAUUGACAGACAAGGGUGAGGUGUUUUCAUGGGGUCACAAUGGCUAUUGCGAAUUAGGAAAUGGUUCAACCAACCAAGGUCUUAUACCUACUAUGGUGAACAUAAAUCUGAAUGGGAAACACAUUGUAGACAUAGCGUGCGGCAAUCAUCAUUCUCUCGCUCUCACCGACGAUGGCGAGGUAUACGCUUGGGGCCAAAAUAAUUGCGGGCAAGUAGGUAGUGGUAUCAGCACAAAUCAAGGCGCACCCAGGCUAGUAAAUUCGAAUUUGGCUGGAAAGAAGGUAAUCUGCAUCACAUGUGGCCAGGCGUCCAGUAUGGCGGUCACCGAAACCGGCGAGGUUUAUGGCUGGGGUUACAACGGUGUCGGUCAACUGGGGAUUGGCAAUUAUGUGAACCAGGUGAAUCCAGUCAAAGUCCCGGGGCUGAUGGGUGUCCGAAUAGUGAAGGUAGUCUGCGGGCACACCCAUACGUUGGCGCUCACCGACGAAGGGAUGCUCUAUGUCUGGGGUGGCAACAGUUACGGUCAACUGGGCACCAAUAACAAGACGAAUGCCUGCAAUCCAGUCAUGCUAAAUGUGCCUGAGAUGGGAAGAGUAUCUGACAUCGCGGCUCUGCACUACAAUCACAUCAGCGCAGCCGUUGGUAACGGCGGACGUGUCUUCAUGUGGGGUCAAUGCCGCGGUCAGAGCAUCACGAGCCCGACUGCCACCCCCUUGGCGCAUCUGCACGAAGUUUUGGCUUGUUACGCCUCGUCGAAUGUCAUGCAUAAGCCGUUGAUCUUGCGCGCCGAUGAGGAGCUGAACAUAUUGGAUUGCCUGAGACAGGCCUUCGACGAUUCCUUGACCAGUGAUCUCACGAUACAAGUGGAAGGGAAACCUAUUUACGUUCACAAAGCUGUCUUGAAGAUUCGCUGUCAAUAUUUCAGGGCCAUGUUGCAGGAGCCUUGGGCGGAAAACAAUCAGAGCGUAAUCGAGCACGAUCAGUUUUCAUACAUUGUGUAUAAGGCUUUCCUAAACUACCUGUACACCGGCGAGGUCGACCUACCGCCGGAGAAUGCAUUAGAACUUCUGGAUUUGGCUAAUGUGUAUUUUGAGAACCAGCUCAAGCGACGUUGCAUUCAGAUGAUAAAGCAAGGGAUUACAGUACUGAACGUGGCCUCCCUCUACAGCACCGCACUUGAAUAUAAUGCGCAGGAGCUGGAAGAGUUUUGCUUCAAGUUCGCCUUGAAUCACAUGACGGCUGUAAUACAAACGGAGAAUUUUGCCAAACUGGACGAGAAGAUUCUGAAGAUCUUUAUCGUGAAGGCCGCUAAAGCUGGCGUCUUCAAGACAUAAUCUUCGUUCGUGUUGAAAUUACCGUCAACCGUGACAGCGCGUUCAGGUGAAAGAGAACGUCGCUUAGUUUCGCCGAACGUCUUUCAUUCCUUACCGCGCACUCGUGCGACACAUUUGAGAGUCGAGUAAGAGUCGAAGUGAAGCGAGUCGCCUCUCGCUUCCUUCUUUCCGCAUUUCGUCGUUAGCAUUUCCCGUGCGAGUGCCCGGCCAUUUUGAAUGCUAGUCUACCUUAGCGCAUAGCGCAUAGUCCGCAUGCGAGACAAACAAGCGCGCACGCGAAAUUCGUUUGCCAAUUUUUCUCGGUCGGGAAUUCCGCUUUUGUGUUCCGCAAGCUGAUCUGAUAUAGUUCUCUACAUUUCUUUGGCUUUCGAUGACAAAGGAGAAAUAAAAGGAGAAGAAUGGGAGACGAGCGUCGAUCGCCGCUGCAACUAAAAAAUAUUUAAUCUCGCCUACCGAUGCAUCGACCUUGUUGAUAUCCGCGAGAUCAAUCGGCCAGUUUUGCGCGAUCGACCAAUCGACAAAGAGUACUUUACCUUUCCGUCUAUCGCGUCACACAUUCCUGAACGGUAGCUUAGUCACUAAUGAUAUGUGCGUUAAUUAAACGAGUCGUGUCCUCGAAAGACAUUUCCACAAUUACGUUUUUAACGCCGUUGCCCUCGCCUCUGCCUGCGAGGCUCCUGAUUUGUGCGUAGUUGUGCAUGUGUAUUUUGAUGUUAAUAAAGUUUUAUAUUAUUGUUCGACAUACGU